AGAUGAUUCUCGCCUUUAGGAAGUGUAGUGUAAGAUAUUAAGCGCAAACACUCUUGCAGUGGCUUUCUCAGAGAUCAUUCAUUCUCACAAUGAAUCCUCGUUAAGCCUUCCAUUAUGUCGACGACAGCAGCAGCGAUGCCACCAGAUCAGGACGACCACAUCAACCCUGACUAUCCAGACGUGCAACGUCCCGCCUCGGUGGCCGAAAAUCUGCGGGAGCGGGCCCGGAAGUCCUUAUUGCGAUUGCAGAGCAGAAAUUACAGAGCCGGGGACGCAAACUCAAACUCAUCUGGUGGCGCCGCAGCUCCUGCGCCAGCUGUGUCGGCAACUGCGCCCUCUGGAUCUGUUGUGGGAGUGGAACACGACCUGGGUAUCAUCAAGAGAGCACCCCCAGUGGCGGUGUUGCCCUCCCGGGCUGGUACACCUAAUGGCGCCGCGAGAAAAGCGAACGCCAAUCCGUGGCCUGCGUCGUCGGCAAUCGCAAACGCUGUGGCAACAUCUGCAUCUCGACUAGCUUCUCGGCAAGGCGAUAUCAACAGCACGACCGGAGCUGCAACAGCAACGCCUGCUGCGGCAACUACGCGAGCCGCUGUGACUGCUGCACCAGAUCGCAAUGCUACAACUUCCAUCACGCCGAGUACUAGUUCUAAUGGUCAAGCGCCAGCGUCCUCCUCGAGUGGCAGAAUUACGAGCAAGAUCACGCCCCGGACGACGAGGGAAGGCGCAUCGUUCGUAGCUAGUCGACCAAACAGUGCGUCCGGAAUGAGAUUUGCAUCUUCCGCAGGAGCUGCAAAGACUGACAGCGCAAGAACCACAACCCGCAAGGCUGGUAGUGGCGGCAGUGACGCAAACAGAACAACCAGUAGAGGUUGUACUGCAAAAAGCAAAAGCAAAUCCGCGAAAGCAGGUCCGAGAAGUCCUUGCACCAUGCAAACAGAAGGUGAAGAUAAUCCGCCGAGCGAGCAGUCUCCGCUUGGCCUACACUGCUCUUCGCAAAACAUGCACCUGUGCGACGCCGCUCCUCUCCGGACAUCCUGCCGCACGCUAGAAACGCCAGCGGAUGUGAUGCGGCUGGCGCAACAGAGAGCGGUGGAAGCAGAUGAUCAGAGAACCAGCGCGAAAGCGAAACUAUUGGGCAUGCCUGUUCAUCCGGAAGACAGUUCCGCUUCUAGUGGCGAUGUGUACAACGGAGCAUCGCCGACGCCGUUUUUUCCCAGCAGCAAUAUGGCGCCUUCUAGUAGUGAGCAAGCCUUUGACGUCAGAGACAUGCUACUCCGCGGGCAGGCGAGCGGUCAUCCUGCUGUACUAGCUGCAUCGCGAUACACCUCUCGUCCUGCGGAGGUCUAUAUCCCAGUCGUGAACAACGCAUCAGGUGCUCCGUCCGCCGGCGACCAAAAACAUCACGGGCCACAGACACCUUCUUCACACAACCGGCAGCUCUUCUCGUUCCCCGAGCGAGAUCUUGAGCAAAUCAACUGCUUCGAACAAUCGGUCCGUGAGCAGCAGAAACAACUGACCCGCGAUCUGGAGAAACUUGAACUCUGGAAGCAGGACCAGAAGCGGAAACAAUUGGAGACAAGCGCGAAUCACAAAUUACAACAAGAAUUGCAAGACUUUCAAAACCACGAACAUACGAAACUGAACAAACAUGUCAGCGAAGUGGAGCUGUUGUAUCAACCACAACUUACCAAGGCGGACACACAACUUCUGGAGGUGGAGGAGAAGAUGCAGAAACUUUCCAACUUGAAAAAAAUGCUGCUGGUGAAGAAGAAACAACUGAAAGAAUGCAAGGAGGAGGCGAUUGGGAAAUUACGGGAAGACUAUGAGCGGGAAGAAGAAUUGUUCAGAACGAAAAUUGAAAACAAAAUGCUGGCGGAAAUGAAAGCGGUAGGAUUGUGAAUUUUCGAUCAUUUCAAUUGGGACUUCAUUGAAAAAAAAAUUCGAAGAAUCAUAUUUAUGGACCAACAAUUGGCAACGGUUUCCCAAAACAUCACUAUAACUGAC